AUGUGGAAACCAAUGAUGCUGAUGUUCACGGAGCCCACCUCAUCUGCUGUCAGUGUUACGGCUACUCUAACGGUGACAUUCGCAAAGUGGGGACAAAAUUCGCGUAAGCAACUAGCAGAGAAGGUGAAGCAGUCGAACGCGACGUGGAAGAUUGUCAACAGCCACUAUGGACCGUAUGACCACUACGCCGAGGCCGGAAUGAACAAGUGGUUUGACGUUCUACGGGACUCUGGCAUUCAGGCAUUCCUCUAUGGCCACACUCACGGUGAAAAACACGAUUACUCGGAAUCCCUGGGUAUUCACUUUGUGGAGAAUGGUGCUGGGGGUGGUAUCCAGAAAGAGUCUGCGAGUGGCCUUCCGCCAUUUGCGACCAAUUACGUGAAGAAUAAGUGGUCGUACACGGGCGAUGAGUACGGGUUUUUCUCGUUGGAAGCUUCGAAAGAGUGGCUCAAGCUGCAAUACCAUACGACUGACAACAAGUGGACCUUCACGGAGAAGUUCGCUAACACGACAAUCGGUGGAGUGGCGACCAAGCACUGUUGGUACAUUCCCGCCGAUGGCACAGAAGGCAAAGCGUGCUAA